CUUCUUUCAAUUACGAACGACCGAGUCUCAAAUUUCAACAGUACACUCUUCUCGUAUAUUUCUUCUUUCUUGUUUACUAAUAUCUUAAUGUUCCCGGUUUAAGGUUUUGAGCCAUAACUGUUUGAGUGUUUUACUCUACGCGUUCUCCUCGAUAUCAUUUCAUCCACAGUCUCGGUCCGUCUCACCACAUACAUCUCGGUUCAUCGCUCUUCCUAUCGCGGCAUCUCUUGACCUGCCCUGAUCCUUCUCAGACACGUCUCUUAUACCUGCUUUAUCAUGAACGCAAACUCUCCGGUUCCGCCCAGGGACUCAUCUCUUAAUAUCGAGAGUUCCUCGGCAGUAACCAAUGGAGUAAUCAAUGACACAAACAAGGAGAAGGGGAAGGAGAAUGAGCACCCGAUGCCCAAUAAGCCUUUCUCGUGGCUCGACCCUCAUGUUCAGUUUGUUGUUAUUUACGUUGGGCAGGAGGAGGUUCCUUUUGGUAUCCAAAUGGACUUCAUCUGUGCACGCUCCACUUUCUUUCGGGACAGAUUCAAGGGUUCGGAGACUCCAGAUUCUCUGGAGCACAUUGUCAAGCUUCCCGAUACGACGCCCGAGGUCUUUGGGCGCGUACAGAACUUUCUCUUCACUGGACAGGUCGUCCCCGAACCAGAUACCACUCCGUCUUACGAGGUGCUCAUCGGCGUGUGGAAACUCGGCCACAUGCUCGGUAUCGACGGACUAUGCGACAAGGCAUUGAACACCAUGAUCGAAUGCAGGCGCACUACCCAGCGCAUUCCAGCCACGCCUCUCCUCAUACAGGUUUGGAAGGACACCCCGGAAGGCUCAUCGAUUCGUCAGUUGUUGCUGUCUUGGGCUGCCGAGUACAUGAGAGCGUCAGAUGCUCGGGCCGAGUUCGCCCGCUCUCUCCCACAGGAGGUCCUCAGCGAGUUGGUCGUCAUCAUGAGCUCUCUAGAUUCUGCGCCGCCCGUUCAGGUAGCCUCUCCGGCCGCGAGUCCCGACGCAGACGGUACUAAUCCGUCUCUGAGGAAGAGCGUCCACUACAUCGAAGAAAGUGACGAGGAGGGUAGACGCGGUGCGAAGAGGCUCCGACGCGUGUCUGGUGCUGCUGGCCCAUCUGGCGCGUCGGCACCCCCUACGACCGAACGGAGAUCUCCCGCUAUUCGCCGGGCUGCGAAGCCGAUUCCCAAGCGGCGCUCGGGAACCGGCUUUGCCAUGACCGAGGACGAGAUCACGCCAGAGCACAGAAUAGAAUUCUGCAACAAUCUGUUGACCAAGAUGCUCUCCGGUCCUGGCUUCUGGACCCGACUGGUUGGACCUUUCCGAGAUGCCGUGGAUCCCGAGAAGGAUCAAGUUCCUGAUUAUUUUACAAAAGUGAAGAACCCAAUGGACCUGAUGACGGUCAAGGCCAAGAUGGAUCGUGGCGAGUACAAAACGGACCUCGAGUUCGCGGCCGACGUUCGACUGAUCUUCUUGAACUGCUACACGUACUGGAAGGAGGGAGACCCAAUGUGGGCAGCCUGUGAGAAGUUCCAAAAGACCUUCGAAGACAAGUUCAGCAUGAUGACCCGAUCCAUUCUUCGUUUGAUGAGGGAUCGAGCAGAGCGGACGGAGCGAGGGGAGCCAAUGGACUGAAGAAGCACAUGCACCCGGCAGGCAAGCCCUCUAGGAAGUCAGAGUCCGGUAUAUGUUGUGACCUUAUUUGAAGCGAGACACUGGGAAAGAAUACGGUCUGGCUGGAUUGGUGUCAGGGAAUUGUGCUGGACCUGAUCGGCCUCUGAAUGUUUAAGGAGAGGGAGGUUGCGAUCGCGGGACGUGUAAGAAUAUGGUAUCUGCUUGCCCAAACCGGUCACCAUGACUGGAGGGUUCACAGUUAUUGUGACAACAGCCUUUUCUGUGGGGGGUAUAGGAAGGGUUAGGGAUAAUCGUGUCGGGUUAAUUACUAGGAACGGACCUGACUAGUGUAACAUCUUCUCUGCGGUCACACUGUUAAAAUGCUUGCUCUUAUUCUCUUCAUCUAUUAGGUCCCGC